CACAUAUUUUCUGUGACAUUUACUUGAAAGCGGUGGAGUUGAAAGUAGAGAGAAAGUAUUUUUACAUUAUAAAUACGCAAUAAAAAUUAAAACUAAACGAUAAACAAAAGUUCAAAUCUUGUAAAAUUAAAGUAUUAUACAAUAAAUAUGAAAAAACAUGUAAUAUUUACAAAACAAAAAAAUGCCAAUAGAAAAGUGAUUAUUGUGAUUUUUAAAUAACAAUCAUACGGCUGUUGUAUUUUUCUUUUUCCAUUGCUAUCGUCAAAAAAAAGAAUCGAAACUUGAGUGCAUAAUAAUAGAGUUAAAACUGUCACAAAGAUAGCAGAAAAUAAAUAAAAGUCAAUUGUUAAUAAUUGAAGAUAAUUAAACGUUUAUGGGAAACUUUUCUUUGUGUUAAGUUUUUGCCAACUUUUUGUAUAACUUGAUAGAAGAAGAAACAUAUAAGCAAAAUGUGGAUAGAACCUAAAGAAAUUCUUUUACCAUCGGCAUUUUGGGUGGUGGAAAAACGUUCGAAUUAUUUUGUUUUGCACAAACGCCGAGGUCAUGGCGAAUCACGAGGUUUUGGUUCAUUAUUGGUGGGGACAUUUGACAGUGUAUUUGAUACGAAACCAGCCCCUUAUCGAAUAUUACAUCAAACUCCUAAUUCAGAAGUAUCCUACGAAAUUGCUAUUGGAAUAACGGAAGCAGAAAUAUACAAAGAUUGGGAGUGGCUAUCCCAAAAUCUAUUUAGAGUAUUAAAAGAAAUGGAAAGUGAAGAUGAAAUUACAAAUUUUACAAUCUGUAAAAUCAAAUCUUUGUAUACACAAAAUAAUCAAGAUGAAUCUGGAGAUUCGGCUGAUUUUAAAGUGAUGCAAUCGAAAUUUCGACAAUACUUCAAUAUGCCCGAAGAAGAGCAAUUAGUAAAUUACUAUUCAUGCACAUAUAUUAAAAAUAAAAUACCACGACAAGGACAUCUCUAUAUAUCACUUAAUCAUGUUAGUUUUUAUUCGUACAUGCUGGGUCAGGAGACCAAGAGAAGUAUACGUUUCACAGAACUCGAAGAGCUAUCUAAACAUGCAAAUAUUAUCUAUUUGAAAACCAAUAAUAAAAUGCAAUAUAAUUUUACAAUAUUAUUUGAUUAUGUAGAGGCCUAUGAAUUAAUAGAACAACUAAAUAAAAUGGCUAUACAAAGAAUAAUACAGGAUCCCGAUAGUCCCAUCAUAGAUCACGAUUCAUCGUUAUUGUUGCGGUUUGGUCGUAAAACCUCUAAGAAACCGGGUUUGUGCCGUGAUUUGACAGCCCGUCAGAAAUCAGAAGAAUAUCGUGUGUAUUUCCGUUUACCACAAUCCGAAAUUAUAGAUGGCACUAUUAAGGCUAAUUUAUGGACACCGUAUUCAAAACGUUAUAUCGGAGGAAAUAUUUAUUUAUCUACAAAUUUCUUUUGUUUCACUAGUGAAAUCAAAGAUUUCGUUAGCGUGGUCAUUCCUCUAAAAGUUAUUAAAAGUGUAGAGAAAAAGGACGAUGGCAAUCAUCGUUACGAAAAUCAAAUUGUUAUUAUAACUUCAGAAAAUGUACCAUUUGUAUUUGCUCAAAUAGUCGAUCGUGAUAUUUUAAUAACAAAAAUUACUGAUUUACUAUCAAAAUUUCAUGUUCCCAUCAGUCGUGAACGUCCAAAAUAUGAUAUAUCAUGGAGUAAACAAUCAGCCUUGAUCAAUACGUUUAAAACAAAAUUUACUCCGGAAAUGCAACGUAUACAAGAUGAAAAACUAUCUCGUUGGGAAUCACAUUUUCGUGAUUAUGGUCGCGGCGUAUCGAUGUUUCGUACUACAGCUGUAAUAAAUCUCAUUGUCGAAGGUAUUCCCGAAAAGUUGCGGCAAGAAAUAUGGAUGAUAUUUUCAGGUGCUAUACAUGAAAAAGAAAUGCAUCCUGGUCUAUAUGAGGAUUUAGUGGAAAAGGCCGCUUGUAUCAAACAUUCGUCAACGCACGAUGAAAUCGAACGAGAUUUGCAUCGAUCGUUGCCGGAACAUCCAGCUUUUCAAAAUGAUGACGGCUUGUUUGCUCUGAAGCGCGUAUUACAGGCAUAUGCUUUAAGAAAUCCGCAAGUUGGAUACACACAGGCCAUGAAUAUUGUAACUUCAGUAUUUCUACUGUUUUGUGAUGAGGAAAAUGCCUUUUGGUUAUUGGCUAGUUUGUGUGAAAGUCUUUUACCCGAUUAUUACAAAGAUAAAGUCGUUGGAGCACAGAUUGAUCAGGGCGUUUUAAAUGAAUUAGUUAAACAUUAUCUGCCCGAACUGCACCAUCAUUUAGAUGAAUUGGGUACCAUUAAAAUGAUAUCACUGUCAUGGUUCUUGACCAUUUUCAUCAGUGUUAUAUCGUACGAAAGUUCUUUGCAAAUAAUCGAUUGUUUCUUUUAUGAUGGAGCUAAAAUAAUAUUUGUUGUGGCUUUGCAAAUUUUGGAAUGGAACAAAGAGAAAUUGUUACGUUGCAACGAUGAUGGCGAGGCCAUGCUGGUACUUUCCAAAUUCUUAGAAGGUAUUUACAAUCCCGACUACGAUCUGCCAGUUGCAAAUGACAAACGCAAACGCACACAGUCUGUGCAAACGUUAAUCCACGAAGCCUACACAAAGUUCGGCGAUAUAUCUUUGCAAAGAAUAGAGGAGCUGCGUAAUAAACAUCGUCGAUUAACCAUGCGAAAAUUUGAUUUAGACAAUGAGGAAACCAUUGUGAAAUUCCACUCGGACAAUAUGUAUUUUAGCAAUGAGGAGUUACGCUUGUUAUUGGGAAUUAUUCGCGAGGAGAAGAUGGCUUUUCGCAAAGCACAUCUUCAGAAGUUGCAGGCCCACAUUGGUGAAUCUCCCAUUUUAGUGCCAUCACCUUCACCUACACACCCUCGAUUCGGUUUUCCCGACAACAACUGUAGUCGUGCUGAGGCAUAUAGUAUUGAUUUUGAUACAUUCCGUGUAUUAUUUUAUGAGCUGACACCAUGGCGCACAUGUGAAACGAUUGAUUUGUCUGAAAAGUUAUUCCGGCUUACCGACAAAAAAAGUACUGGCAUGUUAGAUUUCUCGCAAAUCCUGAAUGCAUUGGGUCUAGUAUGUUCCAGUAAAUAUACAGAAAAACUUAAACUUUUGUAUAUUUUGCAUUUACCACCUCUACUAUCUAAAGUUGAAAUCGAACAAGUAAGAAAUCCAAAAAAGAAAACUAAAGAUGAUGCUGAAGAAGCCAUCGAAGCUGAAGAUUUCUUUGGUGAUGAUCCCUCAGAAUCUAUCGAGGCCUUACCAUCACCUACCGACAAUAAUUUCGAUGAAAAUGAUUAUGCCUUAAUAACGGCCACACAAAAGCUACAUUCACUAGCAGGCAUAACAAGCAAUACUUUUAUGGACAUCUUAAGGACACCCAAUUUAUCUAGCGCCUCAAAUGCUUCAUCAAUGGCUGUCAAUGCUAGAACAUCGACAUUUUAUGUGGAUCUAUCAGAAGACGAAAAUAGCACACCUGGUGGUGGCGGUGCCACAGCCAUAAUGGCCGGUGUUGCUCGUUCUCAAAAUGGUUCGUCGACCAUAGCACAGUUGAAACAGCAAGGUCGUUUUGAAUCCAUAGAUACCUUUUCCGAUAUAUCCGAUCUGGGUGCUGCUAAAGUUACACCACCACAAUUAAAUGUCGAAACUAUAUCAAACUUUUCACAAAUCAGCGAUCUAAUAGUAAACACAAAUGCCAAAAGAGAUCGUACUGACUCGAAUACCGAUACGAAAAGUUUGGGCAGUUUACGUUAUCUUCUGGAUCAGCCAGAUGAUGCUAGUUCGCCUAAUAAGAAUAUACCGAAUAUGAAGAAGACUAAUUUCCAAAUAUUGUGGAGAAGUUUAGCAGAAAUUCUGGGCAAAACUGAUGCAGACAUGAAUCAAGCUUAUGAAAAUCUUUUAGAGUUGGGCAAGGACAAUAUAAGAAAGGAUUCCAGUUUGGAAAGUUUUACGCAACUGAAUUUGGGUGGCAAUGAAGAGCCUGAUUCGAAUGGAAAUCCUACUACCCCAUGUGAACCACUAACAACUACAAAAUUAUUUGUGGAUUUAGAAGAGGAAUUGAGACAAGCACGUUAUAAUGGAGGUGGAGAUGGGACUUUAACAUCAAACAACCAGAAAUCCAGUAAAAAUACUAGUUGUAGCAAUAGUUCACUAGACUUUGAUGAUUGGGAAAUAUCAAUUAAUCAAUUUAUUGCCACAGUUUUAGCAGUAACAACAAUUGUUAAAGGGUUCUACAAUCGUACACCCAUCAAAGAGAAUAUUGAAAAGAUGCAAAAGAACAGACGUAAAUGUAUAUCAUCGAAUUAUUAGCUAUCGAACACACACACACACAAUGUGUAUUAUAUAAACCAAUCAAAUUGUUUUUUUGUUUCAAAACAAUAAACAAAUACAAUUUAAAUAAAUAAUAGAAUUGCUCCUCCUUAGCAGGCUAAAAUAAAACUAUAAAAAUACAAACAACAGCAACCAUUUAAUGCAAGUUUUUAUAUAGAUUUUUUGAUCAUUUGAUUUAAGAUAAAUAAAUAUUUUAGCUUUAAAUUGUCUUUAAUUCAUUUUUUAUCACCUUGUUUUUCGCCUCACCAUUUAUUAAAAUUUAAAAAUAAACUUUUUCAUUUCUAAAUUAAAAAAAAUUGUACGUAAUAUAUUUUUGAUGCAUCAUUUAUUAUUGUAAUGGAAAUGUAAAAUAAUUAUAUGGAAAUGUUUUUAUUUAGCAAUUGAAGCGAAAUUAAGGAAAAUGGUGUUUACUUUUUUAAUAUAAAUGGUUACAAUAUACAAUAUUAUAUUUAUUAUAACGUAACAAAAUUUAAACAUAAAUAUACCUACUAUUAUUAAUAAUGCAUCAUACAAUUAAAUAAAUGUUGAAAUAUAUAAACAA